UCCACCCCCCCCCACGCCCUCCAGCAACUGUAGGCGAUGUGACAGCCAGGGGGCAAAGCUUUUGCGCCAGCCUUGCCUUGCGGAGAGAGCUGUCAGCGAGGAGGCUGAGCCGAGCGGACUUCUCGCUGUCGCGGCCCCGGCGCCCCCUCCAAAGAGGCUGGAAGUACGGCGGCUCCCCCACCCCACCCGCUUCGCUGCCGGGUCUUGCGUGUGAGAGCGUUGCAACCUCCUUCUCAGUCUCUCGCAACCUCCCCCCCUCCCAGCUUCCAGGAUUUAACCCCAAAUCUCCUCUGGAUCCACCUUCUUCCGAGGCCAUUCGUUCCCCAUUGGCUGCGGUCAGCGCUUCUGGAUCGGACUCGCAGAAGUGCAGGGUCUUGCCUCCUCCGGCCAUUGCACGUCGCGGGGGGUGGCGGAAAAAUGAAGGGGGAAGUUGAAUGAAGUGAUGCACAUUUGAUAGAUACAUGCCAUGAUUUGCUACACGUGGCUUCAUUUAUGGAGACCAAAGGCUACCGCAAUUAUCCAAAAAGCCUAGAUAUGGAGAGACGCUGGAGUCAAGGCUCCCAGUCGAUGGAGUAUACUUCUGCAGGAGCAGAAGAGCGGUCCGAAGAGAGUAGUAACUAUAUGGAGAUAGUAAAUGUGAGCUGUGCUGCUGGUGCUUUUCCAAACAGCAGUGCUCAAGGAAGCAACAAAGAAAAACCUGAACUACUUUCUUGCCUUCAGCAAGACCAUAAUCACCCUGGCAUUUCGACCUCUGACAUAAAAACUGAGUCAGACUCAAAGGAACUUUCUGCAACUGUAGCUGAAUCAAUGGGUUUGUACAUGGAUUCUGUAAGAGAUGCUGAUUUUACCUACGACCAGCAGAGUCAACAAGGCAACAUAAAUCCUGGAAAGAUGUAUCAGAAUGUGGAACAACUGGUAAAGCUAUACAAAGAGAAUGGUCACCACACGUCUCCCUUGAACACCCCAAGCAGAUCCCUGAGACCUCUAAUAUUGGAGUGUGCAAGCUCUAUGAACGGUGGUAUCAUGCCAGGCACUGUCAAAAGCCCAAGAGUAUGCCGAGAGAAGAGUCCUCCUGAUUGUAGUCCUCAGAACAUGACGACUUCAGUGUGCAGUCCUCCUGGAAUUAAUUCUGUAUCGUCAUCUACACCUACUAACUUUGAAAAUUUCACAGUAAAUAGCCCGGUCAACCAAGGAACUCCUUUGUCAUGUUCACCCAACAUUGAAAACCGAGGCUCAAUGCUGCACAGUCCUGCACAUGCUAGCAACGUGGGAUCUCCUCUUUCUAGUCCUAUAAGUAGCAUGAAAUCACCCAUUUCAAGCCCUCCUAGUCACUGUAGUGUGAAAUCUCCAGUUUCAAGUCCUAAUAAUAUCACCAUGAGAUCCUCAGUAUCCAGUCCUGCAAAUAUAAACUCAAGAUGCUCUAUUGCCAGCCCUUCCAAUGCCAAUAAUAGGUCCACACUUUCUAGUCCAGCUGUUAGUACUGUGGGAUCCUCUAUGUGUAGUCCAGUAAAUGGUUCACUAGCCUUUCCUGCAUCGAGCACACCUGUUGGACCUGGCACAGGCCAAGACAUCAUUCCUAGUCCAGAUGCAAAAGACAAUAAAGGUGCUCUAGCAAUCAUAUUUCCUAAAAUAGAGGAAAUGGAAGAUGCCAUCCCUAAUAGUGAAGUAGCUAAUCAAAUGACACUUGUUCAACGUAUAAAACCUGAACCCGAAGGGGUAUUCAGUAGCUCAUGUCUUGGAGAAAAUAGCAAAAUCAGUUCUGAUUCUCCAUUUUCAGUAUCGAUAAAGCAAGAAUCAGCUAAGCAUUCUUGCUCUGGUGCUUCUUUUAAAGGGAAUCAAACUGUAAACCCAUUUCCAUUUAUGGAUGGGCCCUAUUUUUCAUUCAUGGAUGAUAAAGACUUCUAUUCUCUUUCUGGGAUUUUAGGACCACCUAAUUCAUUUGAUGGCACAUGUGAAAGUAGUGGGUUUCUAAAUCCAGGCCUAGCUGUAGGAAUUAAACAGGAGCCUGACGAGAGCAGCUAUUAUCAAGAGAACACUCUGCCACCCUCUGCCAUUGUUGGUGUGAAUUCAAGUGGACAGUCAUUUCACUAUAGGAUUGGAGCUCAAGGCAAAAUAUCUGUACACCGACCCGUUGGCAGAGAGCAGUCUUUUCAGCACAUGAGCUCGUUUCCUCCAGUAAGUACUCUUGUGGAGCCAUGGAAAUCACAUUCUGAAAUGUCUGCCAGAAGAAAUGAUGGGUAUCCAGUCCUAGAAUACAUUCCAGAAAAUGUGUCAAGCUCCUCAUUGAGAAGUGUGUCGUCUGGAUCCUCAAGACCUUCCAAAGUCUGUUUGGUGUGUGGAGAUGAGGCAUCUGGGUGUCAUUAUGGAGUAGUCACCUGUGGCAGCUGUAAAGUCUUUUUCAAAAGAGCCGUGGAAGGUAAAUCCUCAUGGCAACACAAUUAUUUAUGUGCUGGACGGAAUGACUGUAUAAUUGAUAAGAUUAGAAGAAAAAACUGUCCAGCUUGCCGAUUACAGAAAUGUCUUCAAGCUGGAAUGAAUUUGGGAGCUCGUAAGUCUAAGAAGUUGGGCAAAUUAAAAGGGAUCCAUGAUGAACCGCAGCAGCAGCAGCAGCAGCCACCACCCCAAAGUCCAGAAGAAGGAACGACGUAUAUCGCUCCAGCGAAAGAACCUUCUGUAAACACAGCACUUGUUCCUCACUUAUCUGCAGUUUCACCGGCACUUACUCCCACGCCCGCUAUGGUCCUUGAGAACAUUGAACCUGAAAUUGUAUAUGCUGGGUAUGACGGCUCCAAGCCAGAUACGGCAGAACACCUGCUCUCCACUUUAAACCGUCUUGCUGGCAAGCAGAUGAUUCAGGUGGUAAAGUGGGCAAAGAUACUUCCAGGUUUUAGAAGCUUGCCUCUUGAGGACCAAAUUACUCUAAUCCAAUAUUCUUGGAUGUGUCUGUCGUCAUUUGCCUUGAGCUGGAGAUCAUACAGGCAUACAAAUAGCCAGUUCCUCUAUUUUGCUCCUGAUUUAGUCUUUAAUGAAGAGAGAAUGCGCCAGUCUGCAAUGUUUGAGUUGUGCCAGGGAAUGCACCAGAUCAGCCUUCAGUUUGUUCGCUUGCAACUUAGCUUUGAAGAAUAUACUAUAAUGAAAGUUUUGCUGCUAUUAAGCACAGUUCCCAAGGAUGGCCUCAAGAGUCAAGCUGCAUUUGAAGAAAUGAGGGCAAAUUAUAUUAAAGAGCUGAGGAAGAUGGUAAUUAAACAUCCAAACAGUUCUGGGCAAAGUUGGCAGCGGUUUUACCAACUGACAAAGCUCCUGGACUCCAUUCACGAUCUUGUUAGCGAUUUGUUGGAAUUCUGUUUCUACACCUUCCGAGAGUCUCAAGCUUUGAAAGUGGAGUUUCCAGCCAUGCUGGUAGAAAUCAUCAGUGACCAGUUGCCCAAGGUGGAAUCUGGGAAUGCCAAGCCCCUCUACUUCCACAGGAAGUGACAGAAAAUGUCUUAACGAGAAAAAAAAACUUUGCCUUAAGUUUCCCUGUGCUAUUCCACACCCAUGAAGGACCCAAGAAGCCAACAUUUAAAACAUGCUAUACAAAAUUGUUCAAUGGUCUCUAAAUAGUCUGAAAACCAUAGCCAGGGUUUGGAGGAUGGAAAGAAGCUUAUGUGAACUAGACGAGCAAAGUCGUCAAGAUGCAUCUCCCCCCAAUAACCCAACAUUUAGGGGUGAAAAAAAUGUUCCUGUUCCUCUGGAUGAAAAGCCAUAUCUAGUCAAAUAACUCUUUGAUUUUGGUAUUUUAAGAGAUGAACAUUUUAAAUAUGCCAUGUAGUUUCCGGUAUUGUUUGCUUGUUUUAAAAGGGUUCAAGGACUAAUAUGAACUUUUGAAAAGCUUACUGUUGGUUUGCACAUAAAACAAAGUCAAUAUGGGGCAUUAAUAAUUGUACUACACACACACACACACACACACACAACCCUGGAUGUGUAAAAUAAAUGGAGCAUUUGGUGUGGAAUAAUCUUGGUAUAUUAACCUGCGGCAUUUGUUAUCCCAUAUUAUCCAUCACAGAUGAUCUACACUGUGUUAAGUGUUCAUUUAUUAUUUAACUUGAAAGGAUAAGAUGUUAAAACAAAUGCCUCGGUUUCGAUUUCUAGUAUCUAUUGUGCUGGCUUUACCAAUAAUUUUUCGCAGUCUUUUGCUGUAUUGUACAUUGCUGUAUGUAUAAAUUGAAGGACCUGGAAAAAAUGGUAUAAGGAGCUUUUGUAAAUGAGACCUAAAAAUCUUUAAUGGUUAAUAGGAUGAAUGGGAAAGUAUUUUUGGAAGAAUUCUAUUUUGCUGGAGACUAUUUAAUUACUCUUUUUGUCUAAACACAAGGUAAUUUUUUUUUGUAAAGUGAAUUGUUCUGCAUGCAUAAUGAACCGUUUACAGUGUAUUUCAGAAAGGGAAAGCUGUGCCUUUUUAGCAUCAUAUCUAAUUUACCAUCUGACAGUGUCUGCUGUAAAUAACCACCCAUAGCCAUUUUCAGUUGCACUUCUUUUCUGUCCAUUUUCAUCCAUAGUAUCUGUCUGCUUUUACAUGACUCUAGCACACAAGAGUUCUGCUCCAUGCCUCUAGCUAGCUGUGUUUGCAGCUUUCUGCACAUUUCACAUCUACCAAGAUAGACUCCAAAGGGCACAACCCACCAAGAAACUGUUUCGCUGAAGUGAAUGAAGACAUGUAAGCAUACAGUACUUCAUACAUUUCAGUACAGUAGGACAGUAUCCUAUUGGGUUGUGCCUCCUCAAAGGCUUGUCAGUCCUGGGACAAGGUGAGAUUCUGCCUGCCAAUCUGUUUUAUCCCAAGGCUGCAAUUCCACACACAGCUAGGCUGAAAUCCUAUACACACUUACCUGGGACUUACCUUUGAACAGACAUGCAUAGGAUUGCACUCCUUGAUUUUGGUGGGACAGUUUGGGUGUCUAAUAUUGUGGCUAAAAGGGAGAGCUAAAUAAUAAUAGUGGGAUGUUGUUCUUUUUUUUGCUUCUCCUUUUCAAUCUGGAAUGUACAUAAACUACAAAAAAUGGGGCUAAAAUGUGAGAAAAUAAAUUUCAACACACAUACUAGAUAAAUUUUGGAAUGAUAUAAUUAUGUGAAAUAAGAUAUGUUAUUGACAAAUUUGGACUGGGGUUUGUGUGUUAUCCUAGAUCAUAAACCUACUUAUUUGGAAUUAUGUGCUACUGACUUUUAGUACAAAUUAUUUCCUUGUAACUAUGUUUAGAAUUACUGCUCAACUAGUUAGUAACUUAAUAUUAAUACCAUAACACUUUUACAAAUCAGUGCUAAAACAUAGCUAACAACUUUAGGCAUGAGCCUUUAUCUGGAUUUCUCUCAAGACUUACUUUAUGAACUGAGAUGAUGAAAAAUGUAUCUUUCUUGGGGUGAUCAACAUUAUACAUUUUAUAAAUAAUUUAAACAUUGGAGGCUGCAUUAUAGCAACAUUUCCUAUGACCAUUGAUAUUAAAAACAAAUGUAAAGAGAAUAAUUGUCAGAGUUAUACUUCUGGUAAACUUGUGUCUAGGUAAAGUUUGUGAAAAUCAAAGAAACCUUAAAGUCCAAAUACCUCCAGUAGGCAUUGCCCAGUGGGAUUUCCCUCCCCCAGUUGAACACCAGAUUCCACUGAUGUAUCAUAAGCUGCUUUUGAAAGUGCCCUCAGUUUCAAAGUGGUUUUCUAUGUGGCACAGAGAGAAGAAAAAGAAGCCCAAAGUUUCCUUACAAAGUCUCUUUGUAUCCUGCCCACAAACUCUCAAUAAUCAAGUGUGCAUUAGAUUCAGAAAUUUGAAUGUUUGCAUCUCAUAAACAGGAUGCAAACAUUACUACCACUAAUUUUAAGUCACAUGUCUCAUUGAAUGGGAAAUCUGUUAAGGUGCGCUCAGAAAGAGUCAAUUUACACAUGCAUAUAUUAUUUGCAGUUUUAGAAAUCUAAUUCAUAAAUCAGCUCCUUUGAUCUGCACAGCAAUAUGAAAGCUGCUCUUCUAAAGUGAUAAAAAUACACCGCAUGCAGACUGGUUGUUUAUAUUGAACAAGUGGUCACAAAUCUCCCUUUCAUUUACCAUUUUUUAAAAACCAUACUGAAAUUGGAAUUUCAAAUUAUUCAGGUUUGUGGUAAACGCAGUAUGGUGCUGCAUUUUUUUAUUAACAAAGUUACUGAAUCUUUUUUUAUCACUAAGUAACUUUGCCUAAUUAAAAUGUUAAAGCCAUAUUCUUUUUUUAAAAAAUCCACUGUUAGAUGUCUGUCCCAAUUCACGUUGUUGUCUGGUUGCUAUUAUUUUUUGUACCUUAUUGCAUAUAAUCUUGGUUUGGUACAAUUCAUAAUUCACAGAAAUGUCAUAAGUAAAACACUACAUUAGUUUUAAAAAACAGUUUAUAUCUUUAUGCAAAAUAUAUGUCUGUCUUUGCAAACAAUUGUAAGCAGAUUAUAAUAAAUCCUUUACUUUAAUCACCUGUUUAUGAAACCAUUGAUUAUUGCUUAGAAAUAAUAAAAAUGAAAAAUGAAAAAAGGAAGGAAUCAGGAGUACAUUGUACUUUAGAAUGAAACAGGCAUCUGUCUCCUGCAAAAUGAGAUAAAAGUUAACUUCAAAAUGUCAAAAUGAUAAAUUGUGUUGAUCGAGUGUAAUGAUUUUGUGGCUAUGAAUGACUGAAAAUAUACAGCAAGAAUAUUGUAUUCUUAAGUAAAAAAAAAUGUAAAAUAGUUUUAAUUUACUGCAGUGGGUAUUUCAAGAAUAACAUUGCAUUGCAGUGUGUAACCAUUUUGUUGCACAGAACAAAAGAGAAAAAGGACUAAAAGCUUGCAAUAUCAACAUCUUAAUAAAAUAUACUUUAUAAUCAA